GACAGAGACAUACAAAAGCCGGGACCGUCGUGGGUCUCUCCAUGCGCAUCUCCGCCUCGCAGCGUUUAUAAUGCUGGAAACAGCGCGCAUGAGAUUCUGGGAUUUGUAGGCGACUCAGGGUCCACGGUCCAGGCAACGGACAGGAAAGGAAUCAAACUCGGGACUACGAGCAAUCCCCGAAUGCAUUGCGCCACGUGGACGCCAUUUUUGUAGUUCUCCGAUACAAUCCCGGAAGUCCUUGCUCCGAAGCCAUGUUUGUAGUUCUCAGGCUGGUGGGUCUCUGAGGCGAUGUAUCUUGGACCAUUGGGACUUCCGUGACCAGCAAGAGCUCCGAAGUGAGAAACGAAGGGAUAAAGGUCUGUUUAGAUUAAACCAGAAGAAAAUGAUGUGGUGACCGUUUCUGAGCCCAGCUAUUCGAUACGGAAUGCAGUGUAUGCAGUGUCCCAUGCCCUCCAUAAAAUGCUGCUGAGCAAAAUUGAAAUGGGACCUAAAGAAGACAGAAACAUGGACUGGCUUCUUCCAUGCCAGACUGCAUUGACCUACAAUGAUGUCCAUGUGAACUUCACUCGAGAAGAGUGGGCUUUGCUGGAUCCUUCCCAGAGGAAUCUCUACAAAGAUGUAAUGCUAGAGAUCUACAGGAACCUCACUGCUAUAGGCUACAAUUGCGAAGGUCAUAAUAUGGAAGAUCAUUGUCAAAGUUCUAGAAGACAUGCAAGGUAUGAAAACAGUGAUAGCAGAGACAAACCCUCUGAAGAUACUCAAUAUAAUGAAAUAUUUGCACCUCACAGUGGUUCCCACACAUAUGAAAGUAUCCAUACUGUUGAGGAUUGCUAUGAAUGUAACCAAUAUGGGAACGCCUUUGCACAUAACAGUCAUCUCCUAAAACAUAAAAGGACACAUAUAGGAGAGAAACCUAAUGAAUGUACACAAUAUGGUAAAGCCUUUGCAUGUAACAGUGAUCUCCUAAGACACGAAAGAACUCACACUGGAGAGAAACCUUAUGAAUGUAACCAGUGUGGUAAAGCCUUUCCAUGUAAUAUUGAACUCCUAAGACAUGAAAGAACUCACACUGGAGAGAAACCUUAUGGAUGUAACCAAUGUGGUAAAGCCUUUGCACAUAACAGUAGUGUCCUGAGACAUCAAAGAACUCACACUGGAGAGAAACCUUAUGAAUGUAAGCAGUGUGGUAAAUCCUUUGCACAGAACUUUAAUCUCCUAAUGCAUGGAAGAUCUCACACUGGAGAGAAACCUUAUGAAUGUAACCAAUGUGGUAAAGCCUUUGGUCGUAAAAGUCAUCUCUUAACACAUGAAAGAACUCACACUGCCGAGAAACCUUAUGAAUGUAACCAAUGUGCUGAAACCUUUGCACGUAACAAUAGUCUCCUGGUACACUAUAGAACUCACACUGGAGAGAAACCUUACCAAUGUAACCAAUGUGGUAAAGCCUUUACAUGUAACAGUAGUCUCAUUCUACAUAAAAGAGCUCACACUGGUGAGAAACCUUAUGAAUGUAACCAAUGUGGUAAAGCCUUUCUACGUAAAAGUAAUCUCUUAACACAUGAAAGAACUCACACUGGAGAGAAACCUUAUGAAUGUAACCAAUGUGCUAAAACCUUUGCACGUAACAAUAGUCUCCUGGUACAUUACAGAACUCACACUGGAGAGAAACCUUACCAAUGUAACCAAUGUGGUAAAGCCUUUACAUGUAACAGUAGUCUCAUGCUACAUAAAAGAGCUCACACUGGAGAGAAACCUUAUGAAUGUAACCAAUGUGGUAAAGCCUUUCUACGUAAAAGUAAUCUCUUAACACAUGAAAGAACUCACACUGGAGAGAAACCUUAUGAAUGUAACCAAUGUGCUAAAACCUUUGCAUAUAACAGUAGUCUCCUGGUACAUAAAAGAACUCACACUGGAGAGCAAUUUCAUGCAUGUAACUAGUGUGUUAAAGUCUUUGCAUGUAACUGUGUCCUCCUAAGACAUAAAAAAAACUCAUACUGGAGAGAAACCUUAUGAAUGUGAUGAAUGUCACAAAGCCUUUACACAGACCAGUAUUCUAAAAGAUAAGAGAACUCUCACUGGAGAUUAACCUUAUGAAUGUAACCAAUGUGGUAAAUAAAGCCUUUGCAUGUAACAGUAAACUCUGAAAAGAUAAGAGAACUCAUACUGGAGAGACACCUUAUGAAUGCAACCAAGGUGGUAAACCCUUUGCAUGGAACAGUCAUCUGCUAGUACAUAAAAGAACUCACACUGAAGAGAAACCUUAUGACUGCAACCACUGUGCUAAAACCUUUGCAUGUAACAGUAGUCCCCUGGUGCAUAAAAAACUCACACUCCAGAGAAACCUUACAAAUAUAACCAAUGUGAUAAAGCCUUUACAUGUAGCAGUAGUCUUAUGCUACAUAAAAGAGCUCACACUGGAGAGAAAUCUUAUGAAUGUAACCAAUGUGGUAAAACCUUUUGCAUGUAACAGUGUUCUCCUAAGACAUAAAAGAACUCACACUAGAGAGAAUCUUUAUGAACGUAACCAAUGUGGUAAAUAAAGCCUUUGCAUGUAACAGUAAUCUCUGAAAACGUAAGAGAACUCAUACUGGAGAGACACCUUAUGAAUGCAACCAAGGUGGUAAAGUCAUUACAUAUAACAGUGUCUCCUAAUACAUAAACUCACACUGGAGAGAAACAUUAUGGGAUGUGUCCUAUGUGUAAAGCCUUUGCACAAAACAGUCAUUUCCUAAUAUAAACUUGCUCUUCUUCCUGAAGAUACCUGAUAAAAGGAUCAGAUGAAUGAGGAGGAGGUCCCCCCAUCAGUGGACUUGGAAA